AUGCAAAGAAACGUAUCCAGAGAUGCGUACACUGCUAUACAGACAGAUGCCCACACACCUCCCCGAUCCAAUGAGAUAUCAGGAUUCAAUGUAAGCACUCAAUGGGUCAAUGGCAAGGGUUGGGGUAUGAAAUUUGUCGGGUCCAGCCAUAUCUCUUCAUUUCCUCGUAUUCUCUUACACAAUCACAACAAACGGUCCCCCCAAGAAAUGUCGAAUAUUGGCACUGAAGAACUAUUGAAGCGACUCGACGAUCAACAUCAAGCUUACCUCGAGACAUUUAAGCUGGUUCAUGAUGCUUUAAGUAACAGUUUCACAAAUAAGAGUACAACUGUCAGUGCACCACAAAACACUGGUUCGAUCCGAACAUUUACAAAACCACGAAGAAGAUCUACGAAAGACGAAGGUGAUAUCCCAGCAAUACGUCCCUCGACACUUCACAGCUCUGUCUUGUCGGGAGACAGUGAUGAUAGCGAUGAUGAUGGUGAGCUAUAUGUUCAAACGCCGCUCAAGUCAUUUCAAUAUGGCGCAGAACAAUUACGACAGCAUUUCAGAACUUACAAUUUCACGGACGCUGGACAUGUAAUACUACAAACCGUGAUCACAAAGAAUGGACGACUUCUAGAUCCUGUCCUAUUUCCGGAAUAUCAUAGAGCUGAUCGAUCUCAUAACUCCCAUUAUUCGGUGUUUGAUGUGGGAAAGGAUGGAGCUCCUCUGUCGAGACGAGAUGUUGUUAAACCAGGUACCACCAAGAUCGAUUCUGCUAUAUGGCAAGCGGUUAAGGAUUUGAAUAGCGACCCCGAAUCACAUCGACAAGCUGUUGGCCGGAUCACAAUUGUUCGAGAGCCAUCUCCUGUUAUAUUUGGAGCCUUGCAUCUUACCUUGAAUGAGACUUUCGACAUGGAUGAAUUAUUCAAUCAUCUAACCUCUGACGAAGUAACAUCUACCAACAUCAUGCGGCGACCGUUCUCGGCCGAUAGCCGCCAACAGAAGUCCUUUGUUUUUAACUUCGAAUACUGGACAAUCGUGGGAGAAGAGUGUCAGCCAAUGCCUUGGCAGCUGGCUGAUAAAACUCCGAGUACUUCAAAAGAUCAUAUUCCCAUAUCAAGAUGCAAUUCCGUGGUGGCUCUCUCGUUAUCCGGUGAUCCGGUCCGGAAAUUGAGGAACCCUGCUAGGCGUGCUAGGACAGACUACGGGUAUGUUUAUGAUCCAUGGGCAGCAUGGCAUGUUCUCAAUAUACAAUGUUACCCUGACCAUCGCCAUACCAUGGAUGUUCACGAUUCCACAAAGCAUUACGUCAACGGACCUGAAGCAUUCCUUCAUACUCUUCUUUCAGAGUUCAAGGAUGCAGAAAAGAGAUUCGAGGCAAUAUAUAUGAAGAUUAGCAAGCUUGUGUCACCACCCGCCAACUUCAUGUUCGAUGGCGAAAUCAGAGAUAAAUUGCUAUUCGAAGAUGAAGAAUUUACUUACUCCCGCCGCUAUUUCUGGGCCUAUCAAACCCUCGGCCUCUUGAAAAAUGGACUAAAGGCCAUAAUGGAUAGCUACGAAGACACAUUUACGGAAGAUGUUUGGGAGGGAAAUCAUAAAACGCUGUGGCCCAUGUUAGAUCCGGACUCUCAUCGAAAUAAAUACUGGCAAAAACGAAUGCAAAAACUAAAACUAGAUUUCGAUAAACAGAUGGUCAAUCUAUACAAACUUUACGAAGAAACCGACCAGAAGAUGAAGGAAAUCAGAACAUUGAGGGAUCAACUUUUCUCGGGUACCAGUGUUUUGGAAAGUAGGAAGAGCGUGGAGAUGGCGGCAGUGACAAUAUUACAGGGUCACAAUAUCAAACUCCUGACUAUGGUUUCGAUAUUCUUCCUUCCCCUCACGUUUGUGACCUCUGUUUACGGUAUGACGAACAUGACGACUGAUCAGGACCUUACUCCUUUUGGUAUAACAUUGGCAACUAUUUGCGUCCCAUUCUUCGUUUUGGUUGGGGCGUUGAAUACGACAAGUGGGAUGCAGUUUUGGAGAGUCAGGUGGUAUAGAUUUCUGGGGCGAUUUGGGCAACAGGGUAUUCACUCUUCGUCUUCAUCCUCAUCGAUCAACAAGAUUUCAUCAUUAGUUGGAGAUUCCGCACAACCUAACCCUAGUACAAGCGGAAACCCAAUAACAAUUGCCAACGAUAGACCAAAGUCUCUUCCACACUCAUAUUCAAUCUCCACCGCCCAAUCACUUGCAGCCCGCAAAGAACUUGCCUCUGACCCGGGUCGACCCUCCCCACCAAAGUCUCCCUUCUCGCCAUCAACCACACCCUUAUCACUGACCAUGAAACCAAUCCUAGAGCAUCCCGUCACGAUACCCAUAAAAUCGCACACACCUCCAUCAAGACCAAAAUAUACCUCAAUCUCUUCAAUCGAUACCAUUACAGCUAAGACAGGUCCGAGGCCUAGCUUGACGAGGAGUGCGAGCUGGUGGGAGACGGCGCUUAAGAAGGGAAAAAGGACGAUUGGCGACAAGACGGAAGGCUUCGGAGGAGUAUAA